AUGGCUGAAACAUCAAUUCGUGAUGUUUUUCUUUCAAUGCAAUUACCACCUGUUGAUGAAAUAGUUGCGAAUUCAAAAACAGACUUUCGAACUAUUCGUAAAUCUCGUCGAUCAUGUUAUCGUGCUUAUCAUGUUCAAAAAGCGGAAGAAGCAACAGAUACCUCUAAUGCUAUUCUCGAUGAAUUAAUUCAAACAAUGCGAACAAAAAAUCAGCAUUUGAAAGAGCAUUUAACUCAAGAAAAUCAAGCUAUCGAAGAUUUAAUAUGUAAAAAACGUGAAAUCGAUUUAUGGCGCCAAUUGACCAAUUUAGUUAUAUUACCAUCGAAUCGCAAAAAGUCAAUUAGUGAUCAACUAAUUGCUUAUGAUCUAAAUGAAAAGAAGACAGUUGAAUUUCACAAAGAUUCAAAUGAAAAUGCUCCAUUAAAAACUUGGAAUUAUAUAAGUCGUCAUAUAACAGACGACUUAAUUGAAAGUAUUCUUCACGAAUCGGGUAAUCAUAACAAUAAUAAUGCAUCUAGUGGACAACAUGCGGUCAAAAAAGCUCGACGAACAAAUGAUGUUGCACAAAAAAUUCUUUCCAGCGUAGGAAAAUCGAGAACAAGCAAUACGAAUACUCAAUUUAAAGCUAAACGAACAACACGUCGUAGUCGAAUAAAAAGCAAUAUGGCAAAAGCACCGCUUAAACAAUUAUCUGUAAAUACAUUUGAAAGUUCUCGAAUUUUGUCACCUAAAUCUUCGACAAAAAAGAAUGCACCUGUUAUACUUGAUGCACAAAUAAUAAAGAAGAAGAAUGCGGUUUGUAAACAAUUAAUACCUAUUGAAGAAAAAAGUCAUGAUAUUCCAUCACUUGUUCAAGUUGGUGUACGAAUGCCAACCAACGAAUUUGAACAAUUUAUUCGAAAGGCAGCACCUGAUUCUUAUUGGCACAUUAUGGCUGAACAUUAUCGAAUUAAACUGGAAGAAGUAACACGUGAAAAUCAACAACUUCAUGAUAUUGUUGAUGGUUUAAAUAAAGAUAAUGAGAAUUUACGUGCAGUUGCCGAUCAUUGUGAAUAUUUAACUGAUAUUAUUGAAAGAUUAACCAGUGACAAUGAGUAUGAAAGAGAAAACAAAUCAUUAGCUAGUGUACGUUUGUUUUGA